GGGAGACUCCGAGAGGGGGCCGGAAAAGGAGGGUGGUGACGGCGGGCGGCAUGGCGGGGCUGUCGGUGCGGGACCCGGCCGUGGAUCGCUCCCUGCGCUCGGUGUUCGUGGGGAACAUCCCGUACGAGGCCACAGAGGAGCAGCUGAAGGACAUCUUCUCCGAGGUCGGGCCCGUGGUCAGCUUCAGGUUGGUGUAUGACAGGGAGACAGGCAAACCGAAGGGAUAUGGCUUCUGUGAGUACCAGGACCAGGAGACGGCCCUCAGCGCCAUGCGGAACCUGAACGGCCGGGAGUUCAGUGGGAGAGCCCUCCGUGUGGACAACGCGGCCAGCGAGAAGAACAAGGAGGAGCUGAAGAGCUUGGGCACAGGUGCACCCAUCAUAGAGUCACCCUAUGGGGACCCUGUCAAUCCUGAGGAUGCCCCUGAGUCCAUUAGCCGUGCAGUGGCCAGCCUGCCACCUGAGCAGAUGUUUGAGCUGAUGAAGCAGAUGAAGUUGUGCGUCCAGAACAGCCCUCAGGAAGCCAGGAACAUGCUGCUGCAGAACCCCCAGCUGGCUUAUGCUCUGCUACAGGCCCAGGUGGUAAUGAGGAUCGUCGACCCGGAGAUCGCACUGAAAAUCCUGCAUCGUCAGACCAGCGUUCCUCCUCUGAUCCCAGGCAACCAGCAGGCUGUGCCGGGACCUGGGCCUGGACCAGGACCUGGGCCAGGGCCUAAUGCCCAGAUGAACCCACAGAAUACCCCAUCAUCCCAGCCACAGCCCAUGGGUGGCAUGCAUGUAAACGGCGCUCCCCCUCUGAUGCAGCCACCUAUGCAGGGAGGAGUGCCAGCACCAGGACAGAUGGCAGCUGCUGUGCAGGGCCCUGGCCCCAUGGCUCCAGGAGGUGGAUUGCAGCCGCAGGUCGGCAUGCCUGGAGGAGGGCCUGUGCCAUUGGAGCGUGGACAAGGGACCCUGCAGCUCUCGCCCGUGGGACCUGCCAGGCCUGCAUCUAUCGAACGCGUUCAAGUGCCCAUGCCAGACCCGAGGGCCCCUAUGCAGCGUGGACCUCUACCUGCUAGUGGCCCGCCACCCCGAGGCCUUUUGGGAGAUGCCCCGAAUGACCCUCGUGGAGGGACCCUGCUCUCAGUCACUGGAGAUGUGGAGCCCAGAGGUUACCUUGGGCCACCCCACCAAGGAGCCCCUAUGCAUCAUAUGCCUGGCCACGAUAGCCGUGGCCCCCCCCAUGAGAUGAGGGGUGGACCCAUGGGAGAACCCCGACCACUGAUGGGAGAGCCACGGGGGCCCUUGAUGGAUGCUCGAGUUGGAAGAGAUCCCCGAGGGCUGGAGCCGCGAGGAUUGGAGCCACGAGGGCUGGAGCCCCGGGUGAUGGAGGCACGGGGCCUGGAGCCAAGGGGCAUGGAGCCACGGGUCCUGGAGCCACGAGUGCUUGAAGCCAGGGCCAUGGAGGCCAGGGUCAUGGAGUCCCGAGGCCUGGAGCCUCGAGGGCCUGGUCCCAACCCGCGUGGCCCGAUGCCUGGUGGCAUACAGGGUCCCGGACCGCUUAAUAUGGGAGCCAGCGGCCCACAGGGGCCCCGCCAGGUUCCUAACAUGGCAGGGGCUGGCAUGCAAGGAGGGGGCAUUCCUGGGGCAGGAGUCCAGGGAGCUGGUCAGCCUGGAGGCUUUAGUCCUGGACAGAGCCAGGUCACCCCCCAGGAUCAUGAGAAGGCGGCCCUGAUCAUGCAGGUUCUGCAGCUGACAGCAGACCAGAUCGCCAUGCUGCCCCCAGAACAGCGGCAAAGCAUCCUUAUUCUAAAGGAGCAAAUCCAGAAAUCCACAGGGGCACCCUGACAGGCCUGGCAGGUGUGUGAUGGGCAGAGAAGGUGCUCGACGGCAGCCAUUUCCUGUUGUUUGAGUUGAUGCUGCAUUUAGGGAGAGGUUUCUCCUUGCCACCCGAGGUUUUCCCUCCCAAUUUAUUUCUUUUUUUCUCUGUGUAUAUUUUUUGAUGUUUGAAAUAAAGUGGGAGGAGGGUUUGAGUAAA